AUGCGGCUGAAGCUGUUUGUCAAUGCAACCAAAACUUUUACAGUCAGUGUUGUCUCGGCAAUUGCGUUGAUUGUCGCCUUGUCGGUCGCAGGAUAUGUAUACGCCAGGAGGAGGCGCGAGAUGGCCAGGCAAAAGGAAGAAGAGGACCUCUACAAGUUCCAGGAGAAUUCUCGCAACUCUUACAUGGAGGCCCCUCUUCCCCAGUACACCGGCAUGAUCCAGUCCUCCCUGCCUUCCCUGCCCCAGCUCACGUAUGGAUAUGCCCCCGUUGUUUGA